UUUAUGUUUUUGUCUGCCUAGGGUUGUGAAGAUCAGUACAAUCCUGUAAUGAAUACUCCUCAUCCGAACAACCCGAACAGGAUAGUGCAGUUCUCAGAGAGUUCACAGUUGAUUACUGUUGAAAACCAACAUUUUCAAAGACCAUCGUAUGACCAGAACUGUGGUCCAGUAAAUAGUCAGUUUCCACCUCAUCAAAAUGUGCCACCACAUUAUAAUAAUAACAAUACGUUUCCUAACCAAUUCAAUCACUCACAACCUAGACCUAACUUCCCUCCUCAGCCAUUUCCUGUGCCCAACCCUCCUCAAAACUAUCAUGGCUAUCCACCUCAAGAGUAUCAUCCUCCCCACUCAAAUCCUCCACAAUUUCAAAAUUUUGAAAAUAAUUUGAGUUCACCUCCUCAAACAAUGAAUGAUCAACAGAACCAAUGGCCUGGACCACACUCACACCCUCAACCUCAGCCCCCGUGGUUCUCUGAUUCUCAACCUCAGUUUCAACCUCGUCCACCCUUCCAGCAGCAGAACUUUAGACCACCGAUACAAAACCAAAUAAAGAGAGGCAUGGGCAUGAAAAGAUUAGUUCCCAGACAGCCGUUGAACAAUUCAGUCAGUCCAGUAAAACAGAUGAGGUUUGAACAUACGAAGGUGAGAACGGCUCCAUCAAAUAUACGAAGUAAUUUACAAGAAAUAAAGACUGUUGAUAAUUUACCAGACACAACAACUACACAAGAACCUGAACCAGAAAUUGAGGAGGAUGAAGAAACCAAACAAUAUAGAUUAAAAAUAGCGGAACAGAAAGCUCUCAGAGAGAAAAUACUUAAAGAGAAAGAAGCAAGAAGACUAGCUGCUAUUAUUGAAAAACAAAAUAAACAAGAAAAUAACUU